AUUUUGACAGGUGCGAAUUGAGCUGGAGGAAGGAAGGCACUUGGACUCUCAGACCUGAUACCGAAUGGCAGGUGCUGCCGCCAGCUGCACUACCUACUUACUACUCUGUGUCUACAGGAUGUGUCUACAGGAUGUGUCUCAGAACUGUUCACUUCCAUUUACUCUCCAUUCCAACCCCAUCUUUUUGUUGCUCUUGUUCUCUACUUUCAGUUCGCUAGCUUCGAACCUUUUGUUCUUUAUCCGUUGCACCUGCAUGUGGCCGCCUGGGGUAAUGUCCUUGGCCGGACUGGAAUGCCAACUGAGCGUUCGUCGGGAAAAGACUGCCAUCCUAGCUUCCACCUCACACCUGAGAGGAUGUUCCUUGCAACCAACGGGACCCUGAAAAAAUAAGACAAAAAAAUCCAAACCACCGGAUGACCAAGCUCCAGCCACCGCUCCCAGCAGACACCGCGAUAGGUGUUUCCCUUACGAAUAGACAUCCAGAUGCUUCCACCUGUUCACUACGAGUGCAAGAUGACCUCUCACUUUCCUCCUCCGAUCAUCAAUACUGCAAAGGAAGGAUAUCAGCCAACGAAAGGACGGCAAACGAAC